AUUUUCGCAGGAUAGCGUGGGCAGGCGUUCGGUUUAUCAUCAAUCUCAUUGCUCUUUUUGUGGUUCCCCCCCAUCAGAUUGAAACAGUUACCAUUCGGGGGACUUGCUUUGGUCUCGUUUCCACUUCGCGAGAGGGUUGGUUUCGCGUUUCUUUCUGAUUGCCACAUGGGAUUUGCGAGGGAAUUAAUGCACCGAGCAUGGAACUUGCCUCCGACAUCCUCAGAUCUUAUCCUCCCCUUCAGCCUGCUUCUCCACGCAGUCUCGGACUUUCGACACGACUCUCGUCUUUCCACGGCCGGGCCGGGGAACAGAAGCCCUCUGAACCAUGUUCGGCGAGCUGGCUCUCCAAUUGGACUGUCCCUGAACCGAAAGCUGGGAGGAUCGAAACAGAAAACCCAAGAAGAAGAACGUUUGCUGCGCGUCUCACAAAAAACGAAAACAACAAAAAAAAAAUCCCAGGAACCACCAACAUUCGUUCCAAAUUGCUCUCAAUUUCAUCUGCUCUUUUCGGUGUUUGGGAAUACAAGGAUAAGGGUACCGGCAGUCUUCACUCUGUUUUCAAGGAAUCACGAUCGCAAGGCGCAACAACCAUCAACCAGACUGCUCAUAUCAGUUUCUUUCCAGCGCCCCUCAGUAUUUAACCCCGCUCACCACUCACCACUCACCACUCCACUCCGUCCUGGAUCAACCCGGGAGCAGCAAGGAGCAGCAGCAAGAGGAGGGAAAAAGACAAAGACAAAUCAUAACGAAUAACGAAGCAUUCCACAGGUUGGAGGCGAACCUCCUUUCGCUGGCACGACAACCAGAUUCUCGAAGAAACGUCGGGACUGGUGUCUGUUUCCUUUGUUUCUUUCGCUAAUGAACGGAUGGAGAUUUCAUGUUGGGAGGGGAUCUUGGCCUGCAGUUGGAGUCUACUUCACAAGGACGACAACAACAACCCCGCUACUGCGAUACAGCUAGCGGUCUUCUUUGUAUUUUACACACUUGCAGUUUUGUUCGUGGAAAAAGGCGAAGGAGAUGGAUGAUCUUGAUGAUUGUCGGGCCGCGCCG